CGCAAAAUCUUUUUCUCAUAUAUUACACCACAUAAUUUUUUUGCGAAUUUACAAGGAUAAACUUUUAUAAAUUUUUAACUUCCAAAACAAAUUGUGUAUGGCUUAAAAUAUUGUAUUUAUUGAACAAUAAUUUAGGUGAAUUUUUCGAUGAUGCCAAAAGUUUUUAAAGUAGAGCUUUAAAGCUCAUAUUCAAAAGUAAAUCAAGGAAAUAGGAUUCAAUUAAACAAACAAUGAAUUGGACAAAACUUACAUUAAAAGUGCUAAUUGUUAUUUAUGCAUUAUGGAGAUUUAUAUUCAGUUUACAUCAUAUAAUAAUUAAUAAUAUGGCAAUGACGUCCAAGACGAUGUUAAGCUACUCUAUUUUUGCAAUGAACUUGCUACUAUUAACUGGAACUUUAACAGAAUCAAAAAUUUUCCUCGAGAUUUGGAUGAUUUGUUUUAUUUUAAAAUUUGGGGCAAUUAUUUUUUCAGUAUUUGACUUUGAUGCCGAAAAGCAUACAAUUUUUCAUAACAAUUUGGUGAUAAAUACAAUAAUUACUUCAAUUAUUCAAGUAAUAGUCUUAGUUUUGGUCAUGAAACUUUAUAAAACAAUCAAUGAAGAGGAUAAGCCAUUGGACACAUACAGUUGCUCCGAGAGUCCUCAAGAAAAGAAAACUUAUGAAGAAUUCUCAUCACGGAGAGAACAUGAAAAUCCCCAAGUAGAAGGUGCUGUUUCUUUUGAACCUUGUUUUUUUAUACUUGCUAAUUAAAGUAUUUUAAGAAAGAAUGUAACGAAACUGGUAAAUUUGUUAACCUAUUAUACAACUUUUUUGAUUAUUUCCAUAGUUGUAAUUAUUAUGAAUGAAUAAUAAUAAUAACUACCUAAAAUAAAUUAUGACGAUAUUUAUACAGUGGGUAAAAUAUUUCCCUAAUAUUUUAAAUGUAAAUUCAUUGUCUUUUUCUUAAUAAUCAACCUUUAUAAUUCUUUAGUAGCGUCAAACAUCAUGUUGAGUUUGGGUUUGGACCUCAUCAUCAAAAUCUCAAAAUCAUAGAUUCUUGAACAUCACACAUCAACCUCACACUAGAAACACAUAUCACGAUACAUCACUAGCACACUAAUAAGCCUAAUAAGACUUGCAUCAGACUUAGUUUAGCUUUGUUUUAGACAAAAAUUCACGAUUUUCAAGAGGAGGGUAUUUGUCUAAGAUUUAAGUGAACCCUACUUUAACAUUUUAUGAGAUUAACUCUUUAAUAAUGCGUUCAAAAUUGUCACAGCAUCAAGAAUAUAAACAACUUUAAAUAUUAUUUCUUACACAAUACAUCUUCUUUAUAAGCUGGAAAAAUUUAUUUUGUUGACUCAACUGUGUCUC